GAUCUUAUCUCCCGACAUCAGCUCGAUCGUGAUCAAGCUUCGCUUCACGACACGCCGUUGCGUUGGGGGCCGAAAUGGGCGUUUUCAACCAGAUCCGUGGUCGCAAGACCGAGAACGUGACUGCAGACGCCGCAAUUGGAUCCCGCGGAGUCGUCGACGACGAGAAGACCCCCCGGGACUGCACUCAUUCCGACAGCGACUCCGACAAUCUGAGUUUGGAGGCUCGCAAUGAGAAAGAAAUCCAGCAACACCCGGACAAAGUCACAGCAGGCGCUCAAGAGGGUGUUCAGAAAGCGGAAGCCGCAGCACUCGUCUGGACCAAGCCUGUCCUCUAUGCGACCUUUGCCUGGAUCUGGCUGUGCUUCUUCAUGCUGGCCUUCCAAUCCUCCGUCAUGAGCUAUGCCUCCGUGAACGCUUUCUCAAAGUUCACCAAUGCCCCCGCAUACACCACCGCACAGAUCCUGUCGGGAAUCAUCGGUGGUGUCCUCAAACUUCCCAUCGCCAAGCUCCUGAACAUCUGGGGCCGCACAGAAGGCUACGUGACAUUCCUGGCCGUCUAUCUGCUCGGCAUGGUCAUUUUGGCCUCUGCCAAUGGCCCAGAUGCCUACGCCGCCGGAUACGUCCUUUACUGGAUCGGCUAUGACGCGCUCUACCUGAUCCUCGACAUUUUCGUGGCUGAUACCACUGGUCUGCGAAACCGAGCCUUCGCAUGGGGUUUCGUCUCGACCCCCUUCAUCUGCACCGCCUUCACGGGACCACGUGCAGCCAACUCGUUCUUGGCCAUGACCACCUGGCGAUGGGCCAUCGGGACCUUCUGCAUCGUUCAACCCGUCGUCUUCCUGCCACUGGCGUUCGUCUUCAAGUACUACCAGAAGAAGGCCGAGAAGAUGGGUCUCUUCAAGCGAGAGUCCAGCGACCGCACCGCCUGGCAAUCUUUCAUGCAUUACUUCCACCAAUUCGACAUCAUCGGCGCGAUUUUGAUCAUCGCAGCCUUCGUGCUCUUCCUCCUGCCAUUCUCUCUUCAGACUUACGGCCGCGCCGCCUUCGACUCUGCCACCUUCAUCGCCAUGAUCGUCAUCGGAUUCCUCCUCUUCUUCGUCUUCGCAGCGUGGGAAAAGUGGGGUGCACGCGUUCACUUCGUCCGAUGGGAGCUGCUGAAGGAGCGCACGGUGCUCGGCGCAAUGGUCUUGGCCGCCGUCCUCUUUUUCAGCUUCUACUCCUGGGAUCUCCAGUUCUACAACUACGUCAAAGUCACCUACGCACUAGAUGUGACCGAUGCCGGAUACAUGACACAAAUCUACAACGUCGGGUCGACCUUCUGGUCCGUCGUCUUCGGUGCCUGGGUCUACGCCACCAAGCGUUUCAAGUACACCGCCCUCUUCUUCGGUCUCCCACUCAUGUUCCUCGGCUCUGGCCUCAUGGUCCACUUCCGAGGCGGCGAGCACGGCAUCGGAUACGUGGUCAUGUGUCAAAUUUUCAUCGCUUUCGCCGGUGGCACUCUCGUCAUUAGUCAAGACAUGGCUGUGAUGGCCGCAGCAGAUCGCGAGGGUGUGCCCAUGAUGCUUUCCAUCCUGGGCCUGUCCGCGAGCGUGGGUGGAGCCAUCGGUCAAGCCGUCUCGACCUCCAUCUACGGAAACAUCUUCCCCAGCGCCCUCGCACGUGCUCUUCCCGCUGAUCUUCAAGGCAAGGUCUCAGAACUCUAUCUCGGAGGAUACCUUGCGCAAGAACUUUUCGUUCCUGGCACUACCAUCCGAACCGCUGUUAACUACGCUUGGGGUCAGACACAGUACUACAGCUGCAUUUCUGCUGUUGCCGUUCUCGUGCUUGGCAUUCCUGCCAUUGCUGUCUGGAAGAACUAUAGAGUCGACAAGAAACAGAAUAAGGGUGUUGUGAUUUAGAAGGAAGGCAUUGCCGUAUAUGGGAAGGCGUUCGUUACAACGCCGUCAGUCGCUAGGUGUAAUUCAUGUACGAUAUUCGAAAGAAACCCGUUCAUCCUUUCG